CAUGCUUGUGUGGUAGAGUGGGGAGCUGACCAGCCAAGCGCCGCGCAUUGAGGCAUCCGACCCCUAACAACCCUGGAACGUCACCUGCCGCAUCGUCAUCCUCGGGACCUCAACUUCAUUCAAACCAUCCAACAUUCACUCUUCCUCUUCUUCCUCAUAUUCAUCCUGAUCAAUUCAAUUCGUCCUUGGGAUCAUCUGUAUUGCAACUUGUACACAAACUGCAAUAUAUUGCAAAGCAGCAAGCAAUACGAUGGCACCACAACAGUCCAUCCGGGCUCUGCUCGCCUACGCGGGCAACAUCUUCUCCCAAGUCCCGCUCGGUGGGAUCGCGAACCCAUUCGACUCCGGCUCGGCAGUUGUCGGAAACACCGGCGUGCAGCAACAACAAUGUCACUACUCGCCCCUCACCGGUGCACCUGCCUGCCCGAUUGACGGCCCCAUGUCGUGCCACAACAGCACGCCCGUCGAAGGCAAUUCGUGCUGCUUUGUGCACCCCGGCGGUCAGCUGAUGUUGACUCAGUUUUGGGAUCAGGACAUUCACGAAGGAGGUUCUGACGAGGAUUGGACGAUCCAUGGGCUGUGGCCGGAUCUGUGCAACGGCGGCUACGAGCAGUUCUGCAACAUUGCGCCGCAGUACAGAAACAUCACCGAAAUCCUCCACGCGCACGGGCAGGCGGACCUCGUCUCCUACAUGAACAGGUACUGGGUCGCAGACCGGGGCACCAAUGACCACCUGUGGGAGCACGAGUGGAACAAGCACGGGACGUGCAUCAACACGCUCGCGCCGGCGUGCUACUCUGCACCAUCCUCAUCCUCGUGCAGCAGCACGAAUGCCGCGGUAGCAAGCCCCGGCGAGAUGGCAGUGGUGGACUACUUUACUCGCGCGGUCGCGCUUUUCAAGACGCUCGACACGUACACGGCGCUGGAGCGCGCCGGCAUCGUGCCGCACGCGCGCAAGCGCUACCCCCUCGUCGACGUGCAAAAGGCGCUGGCAGAGUACCUGGGCGGCGGCAAGGUCGCGCUGCGGUGCAGGGGUGGCAACAGGCACAGGAAGGGCGACGUGCUCAACGAGGCUUGGUUCGUCUACUACGUCAAGGGCAGCCUGCAGACGGGAGAGUUUGUCCCCGCGCCCCCGACCGGCAGGGACGCGACCAACUGCGCGCCGUGGAUCAAGUACCCGCCCAAGAGGAGACGUGGGGAUCUGUAGAUGAAAGGUGAGGUAGCUGACCACUGUACUGUAUGUGUUACGGCGGAGAAGUUUGGGUUUUGGGUUUUGGGUUUAAGAAGGAUCUACAGUGUUCAUCUAUCGUGUUGUGCAGGGUAGGUCUUGGCAUGUUGGGAUGGCGUUUUUGUGUCCCAUAUUUUUAUCAUUUGAUCUCAUCAUUUAGGUUAGACACAGAUUGUUCCUGGAAUUACCCAUCAACGGGUUUGCCUACAUGGUACGCCUUAUUUUUGAGGCAGAGCCCAGACCCAUCUCUGUGCUCUGUCUUCGUUUUGUUUGUUGACACGUUGUAAUCCGUCAAUCAACUGUUGGGUCAAAGAUCCUUCAGUCAAGUCAGUCA